GUAAGAAUCUCCUCAAAUAAUCCACCUGUUCUUCUUUCACAACAUAUUACUCUUCAUUAUUGAUUGAUUGUUUCUCAAAUCUUAUAUCUUCAUCUUAUAAUAUAUUACACAGAGCCAUAUCAUUAUAAACCAGAAUAUAGCAACCAUGGCCUCUAAACAACAACUCCGCACAACGGUCACUGAUCUUCUUAAGAUCAACCAUCCUAUCAUCCUCGCUGGAAUGAACGUUGCUGCCGGACCUAAACUCGCAGCUGCUGUAACAAAUGCCGGCGGUCUCGGUGUUCUAGGAGGUAUCGGAUACACUCCAGAUAUGUUAAGAGAGCAAAUCGCGGAACUCAAGUCAUUUUUGGACGAUCAAAACGCUCCUUUUGGUGUUGAUCUCUUACUUCCACAAGUUGGAGGAUCUGCGAGAAAAACAAACUACGAUUAUACCAAGGGAAAAUUAGACGAGCUCAUUACCAUUAUCAUCGAGAGCGGUGCCAAACUCUUUGUUUCCGCCGUCGGUGUGCCACCAAAACAUGUCGUUGAACGAUUACACAAAGCUGGUAUUCUCUAUGCCAACAUGAUCGGACAUCCAAAACAUGUUAAGAAAUGCCUCGACCUCGGUGUUGAUAUUAUUUGCGCACAAGGUGGAGAGGGUGGUGGACACACUGGAGACGUCCCUACAACUGUCUUGAUCCCAGCAGUUGUCGAACUCUGCAAGGGAAAGACCAGUCCAAUGAGUGGAAAGCCUGUUCAAGUUGUCGCCGCAGGAGGUAUUUUCAACGGAGCAACGGUUGCCGCAGCUUUAAUGUUGGGCGCAAGUGCCGUUUGGGUUGGUACCAGAUUCAUCUUGACCGAUGAGGCCGGUGCACCAAAGGCUCAUCAAGAGGCUGUGAGAACCGCUGGCCAUGAUGACAAUGUUCGAACUAUUAUCUUCACUGGUAGACCAUUACGAGUACGAACCAACAGUUAUAUUCAGAACUGGGAGGAGAACCGUGCUGCUGAGAUCAAGGAACUCACAUCCAAGGGUGUUAUUCCAGUUGAGCAUGAUUUCGAGACUCUCGGUGAUGAUAUUGAUGAUGAGACUAUGGACAACGCACGACCUUUCUUGAUGGGUAAAGCGGCUGCCGUUGUGAACGAGAAGAAGAGUGCCAAGGCCGUUGUGGAUGAAUUGGUUAGCGAUGCCGUAGCAUGCAUUCACAAGGGGGAGAAAUUGACAGCGAAGUUGUAAAUAAUUGUAUCCAUUGAUAUAAUGGGACAUUGGACGGAGUUGAUGAGGUUGAUAUCAUGGGAUGAUUCGCGUGACGGCACGAUGGAUUACAGUGGCUGACUCGGCUACGGAUGAGGUGACGAGUAGAUUGUACUCGAUUAUUUUAGACUGCAUAGCGUGGUAAUUGAGUCGCAGCCAGUAUUGUGUUUCCAUCAAGGAUUUGGGCCGAGGGAGGAAUUGAAAUUUUUGAGACAUUGGAUUGCAAGGGAAUUGAGUUUGAUAUAUCUAUCUAUUUGCGAUUACAAUAUGAUGGAGCUUUUAUUAUUUCAAUAACGAUGUUUGAACUGUACUGUACGUGGUUGAUAAUGUCUGUUUGGAAAUCAACUCACUCUA